UCCUCCCCCGGCUGCAGAGCGGGACACGUGAGGCGGCAGCGGCUCCGAUACAUCCAUUUCACGCGGUUCCACGUUGUCGCAGCCCUCGACGCUCGGGAGUUAUUUCAAAAGCCCUGUGUUGGUUUUAAAAUAACCCAGCGAGCGCCUCGCAAACCCCGGGGGGGGCAACGAUAGACGAGCUUAAAACUGUUUCGAUAGUGUGUUGCAGCGAGAGCCGAUCGGGAACAUGUCCAGCGUGCAGAGCGACUCCAGGAAACGGAGCAAGAAGCGCUACGCGGGCGGGCAUCAGGGCAAGCGGUGGAGGGGCUCCCGGGAGCUGGAGGUGGGCAUGCGGGGAGUCCUCAUCACAUGCAACAUGAACGAGAGGAAGUGCACGGCCGAGGCCUUCAACCUGCUCAGCGAGUACGCGGACAAGAUGUGCGGCCCGGAGAAGCUCCGAGAUGCCAAUGGAAGCAGCAGCAGCGAGGAAGAGGAGGCUGAAGAAGAAGAUGUCGACGUUGCACUGAAGAAGGAGGUCGCACAGCUGCAAGCCUCCCAAACUAAACAGGAGCGGCGCUUUCAGGCCCUGGACAGCGGAGCAAACAACGUCAUCUUCAUCAAGACUCAGAAUCUGGAACCUGAUAAACUGGUUCAUCACAUUCUGUCUGAUCUCCACACCACCAAGAAGAAGAAGUCGCGUGUGAUCCUUCGAAUGCUGCCAGUGACUGGAACUUGUAAGGCUUUCCAGGAAGACAUGGUGAAGUACCUGACCACAUUCCUGGAGCCCUGGUUCAAAACCCCAAACUGUGCAACCUACCAGAUCGCGUUCAAGGCUCGCAACAGCAGCCACAACAAGAGAGAUGAAAUCAUCAAAUCUAUCGCAGGUCUCGUAGGAAAGCUGAACCCUAAGAACAAGGUGGAUUUGACAAACCCUGAACUGACAAUCAUUGUGGAAGUCAUCAAAGCCGUGUGUUGCCUCAGCGUGGUGAAAGACUAUACACUUUACAGAAAGUAUAAUGUUCAGGAGGUAGUGAAAGAAGAUGUAGCCAAGUCUGACGUGGCUGCAACAAAGACGGAGUCAAACUCGACAGAGCAGAAAGAGAAGCACAAUCAGGACGAGAUGGACAAAGAAGAGAAGAAAAUUGAAGGAAAAGAGGACAAACUUGUCUCUCAGGACAAGGAGGAGGUUGAUCAGGGUGAAGACGGGGGGGGAAUAGAAAACCCAAUUUAAAACAAGUCAGCAAUUUCGCAAGCUGCCAUAAGUUGAUUAUAUGUUGAAGUGUUUUUUUUUUUAGUUGUUUUUUUUAAAAUGAACUGAUAGCAUAAUUAAUUUGACAAACUACCAAGGAUUACAAAAGUCUAAAGGAUCUAAUAUAAUUUAAUGUACUUUUUUUUUUUUUCUAUAAACUUCUGGCACAAAUUGAUCAUUGGCUUCACCGAGCUGUUCAUUUCACAAGUAGUGACUUUAAAUUGAUCAAACAUAUCAGCAAACCUCCAUAUUGAUGAACAUUUCAAACUUUUAAUACAGAAUGUGAUAGUGAAAUGCAAUAUUCUUCAAGUUUACUUUUUUCUUUUUAAUAAAACGCUAGGUACGUAGCCUGGGUACCAGGUGUUUUACAACGUUAGAAGAUAGAAACCUGCCAUUUAUAUAACACUGAAUAGGAAUCCAUGGAAGAGUUUCGUUAUGUCUCCAUUGGACUUUGAUCACAUUAAGUACCUGUUUUUUUGUAACUGUUUUUUUCUAAACUAGCUCUCCAAUUAAAGUUAUUUGUGUGUUUGCGUUC